CCAUCCAUGAUCGUUGGGUGGGAAAAUUUCGAAAAAAUACGCAAAAUUUGGAAUUUUGAUAUUUUUGGCGUUUCCUAUCCUGCGCGCAGGACGGAGAAAAGAAGAUAUCUGGCAAGUGGUAUAUGCAUGAGGGUAAACGUCACCUGGGGCAUGGCGCAGUGUACUGAGAUAGCUCAGCAGUUGGCGCUGUUUAGGCUCAAUAACGUUUGCGUCGAUUACAGAACUUAGCUCGCCUACCACACACGCAUUCUUACACAGCCUGUUCCAAUGGAAAGAUUUAAUGAUUGUAAACAUGCGCAAAAUUUGACUAUCUCAUGAACUACAUUUUGUAAUCUGAUUUUUUUUGAUACUGUAAGUGGACAGGAAUGUGACAUACACAUGGCAGAUGGCCGUUUUCAUUUCUUGAAUAUAUGAAGUUGAAGUUGCAGAAAGAAAAACGAAACGCAUUUGCUCUGUGGCGCCGCGUGAGCUCGGCAACGUGUAAACCAUUGGAGUACUUAUGACGUCUUAUGACGUAGGGUGCGCCACAUAGCCAAUAGCAUGUCGUUGAUAAUGGCCCCGCUUGUGCUCUUCUCCAAUGACGACAAGUCGUACUCGUCACGACACGAGCGGCUUUAUCAGACGAGAUGCCGGCGGAGACGUGUGUGGCGGAAAGGGCAACGUCACACUUGACUGCACGUAACCAUCUGACCCACACGUCACGUCUCUUCACGCUCACACCUACGCCUUCGAAUUUUGAUCUUCUUUAUUACGUGGACUUCUCAUCAAUCUCUGAAGCUGCAUUCUCGGCGUCUCGCCAGGAGCGAUGAAGGUGUCGGUGCGGAUCCGCGGCGAAUGGCUGGCUGUGCCAUGCCGAGACGGAAAGCAGACUGUGUAUUGGCUUGGCGAAGAAGCGCUACGACGCUACAUGAAGCUUAAGCCCGUUUCUUACAUGGACGGCCGCGUUGAAACUAUCUUCGAAAUCCGUAAGACGCGUGGCGGUGCCAUCUUGGACGGGGACGACGUUCUUAAGAACGUCCUCGAUGACAACGACUUCGUAUCUGUAGUACUGGAAACGGACAAGCCUUCGCCAGUUACAGGCCCGGCAGAGAUUACGUACAUUCCGGAACAAGUUCCUGGGAAGUUCAAGGCUCCAACACAGGUAAAAACGACCGAUAAUCUGGUUAUGGUACUCGACGGGAACAACAUGACGCCGGAUGAUCUGCUUGAACUCGGCAAAGGAAAAUACAAGAUUCAGUUGUCAAAUGAGUCCAUUGAGAAAGUCAAGAAGUCUCGAGACAUGCUGGAAGCCAUUUUGAAAGACAAUAAAGUCGCUUAUGGGCUGAACACGGGAUUUGGAAAAUUUGCACGGGUAGUGAUUCCGGACGAGAGCCUGAAGGAGCUUCAGGAAAAUCUUGUGCGAUCGCACUCUGCAGGUGUUGGAAAUCCACUAUCCCCCGAAAAGACCAGGAUGCUGUUAGCGCUUCGAAUCAACGUCCUGUCCAAAGGCUACAGCGGUAUUUCUCUGGAGGCGCUCAACCAGCUCGUCGAUGCCUUCAACGCAUCUUGUCUGUCCUGGGUUCCUGAACAAGGAACUGUUGGAGCCAGCGGAGACCUGGCACCGUUAGCGCACCUUGCCUUGGGACUCAUUGGAGAGGGAAAGAUGUGGAGCCCAGAAACCGGAUGGGGAGAAGCAAAAUAUGUGUUGGAAUCUCAUAAGCUCAGGCCGAUCAAACUUAAACCGAAAGAGGGAUUAGCUUUGUUGAACGGAACACAGCUCAUCACGUCGAUUGGCGCUGAAGCUGUUGAACGUGCAACGGUUCUGAGUCGACAGGCAGAUGUGGUAGCUGCUUUGACCCUUGAUGUCUUGAAAGGCACGACAAGAGCGUUUGAAAGCGAUAUUCAAAAGAUAAGGCCACACUGGGGUCAAGGUCUUGUAGCAAAGAGGUUGCGUGCCCUACUUCACUCUGAAACAUUCCCAUCCGAGAUUGCCGAGAGCCAUCGGUUUUGCCAUCGAGUUCAGGAUGCUUACACCCUGCGAUGUUGUCCGCAGGUUCAUGGCAUUGUCCAUGACACAAUCGACUUUGUCAGAGGAAUCAUCACGACAGAAAUGAACAGUGCAACGGAUAAUCCUCUCGUAUUUUGUGAAAGAGGGGAGAUCAUUUCUGGUGGCAACUUUCACGGAGAGUACCCAGCCAAGGCCCUGGACUACCUGGCAAUUGGAGUUCAUGAAUUGGGCAGCAUGAGUGAACGUCGAAUUGAACGACUCAUCAACCCAGCCUAUAGUGAACUACCAGCAUUUCUUGUGCAAGACGGUGGUCUGAAUUCGGGCUUUAUGAUAGCUCACUGUACCGCUGCUUCCCUAGUAUCUGAAAGUAAAGUGCUUUGCCACCCUGCAUCCGUUGACUCCAUUCCGACAAGCGCUGGCACUGAGGACCACGUAUCCAUGGGUGGCUUUGCAGCCAGGAAGGCACUACAAGUCGUUCAGAACGUGGAACGCAUAAUCGCAAUAGAGUUGCUUUGUGCCUGCCAGGCCAUUGAGUUUCUCAGACCUCUCAGGACCACUGCUCCUCUGGAAGCUGUCUACAAGCUUGUGCGACUGCUGGUCAAGCCUUGGGAUAAGGACCGAGUAAUGGCCCCGGACAUUGACUCGGCAACGGAACUCCUGAAGGAGUCUCGACUCUGGGACGUUGUGAAGCCCCACAUGGAUCAUUUCUUCCUCGUGCAGGAAGAGGAGACACGAAUGCCUUCACCAACCACUUCGGAAAUAAGUACUGGGAGCAUUGCUAAGAAGCGCAGGGUUGACUACAACGAAUUCUGAGCCAGGUUCGCGGGUUGUGUCCAGGAUGUUGUUUCUUCACGCAGGUCAUAAAAGAGGAGAAGGAACGGUUGUGUCGUGGAAAGACUUUGAAUGUUGGCGUUGCAGCGCAUCCUACACGCAGUUUUACACAAGUACAUCUUUUAGUACAUUUAAUUUCAACUACCUGGCAAACGCAAACAAGUACUUCUCAUGCAUGUGGAGUAUGUUGUGUGGUACUACCUGGGGUCACGUCGUCUGACCUGUAUCGCGUACAAACGGAAGUACGUCUGGUGGGACUCGUGCAGCGAGGAGCAUGCACAGGGCUACAAGAUACGAAGAAAGUCUUUAGAAUAAAGUUAGACUUGACGCAGA